CGAGCUUUCUCCACGUCAUCCACCGAUCGCCUUCAUGGGUCGAGUAGAGUCUCCUCACGCAUAAAGACUGUUCAGCGGGUUUCCUGACCUAAAUCCGUCAUAGUCGUCGGUCGAAUCCACCAACGUGCAGAUACGGAUGCAGGAACCGACCGGGGAUCGAGGAACUGUUCCUGUCUGUGCUGCGAACUAGAUGGAAAUGGAAGCAAAAGUUAAACUCCGAGGUCUCUCCAUCUUUCCACCGCAGUUACCAACAACAACAGGCAGAAUCGAACGCUGCUGCUUCGCUUGCGCUUCCCGCGGUGCGUUGGAGGCGAGUUCUAAUCUGUUCUGCUCCUUCCCGUACCGUCUCGUAUCCACGUAUAGAAAUGCCGCUGUUGCGUUGCGUUGCGUUGCGUUCUGUUGUCUGUCUCCCAUGUUGUGCCAUGUUGUAACAAAGCUGCCGAAAAAGGCACGUUUCCUGGCUCUAGAUCUCCUCGUAAAAAAAAAGUUCAAAUACCGUACCACCCACAUGAAACGAACCAACGAACGAACCGCUCACCACCACCACCAUCAGAAAGAAAGCCCAUGUGGUGGCUGCGGGGAGAUCGAGUUGUGAAACGACCAGUGAGUGAUGCAUGCGCGGGAAAGGGGAGAAGGGAGGGCUUUUGGGGGGCUGUGCAAGUAAUUC